AUGAAUUCACAAGAAAUAAGUGAUGCCAUGAUUGAAAUGAAUUUGUGCCAAAGUUUAGACAAAAUGCGGUGUUUUUUGUCACAAAAUGCAAAUGUUUUGUGUUUUGGGAUUGAAUGCGAAAAUGCAGUGAAUUUGUCAAUGAAUUGCAAUUCAAUUGAUUUGAAUUCAUGUAAAAUCAGUGAUAAAAUGCUAACAAAACACAAAAACAUUAACAAAUUGGGUCCGUAUUACCCAUGUCUUUGGUCUGACUGCCAAUAUAUAGCAGUUUCUAAAAGUGUGUUAAUUAGACAUCGAGUUAAACAUACAGUAAUUGAUUAUUUCAAAUGUGAUUUCAGUGGUUGCAAUAAACAAUUUAAAAAUAAAUCUACUUUAAUCAAGCACAAAAAUAUCGUACAUUUGACUACAACUAAAACAUUUGUCUGCGAUUGGAGUGAAUGUGAGAAAACAUUUAAAACGAAAAGAUGUCUAUAUAUACACAAAACGUCUGUUCACUUGAAAAUCCAAAAAUGGAAAUGUAAUGUAAAAAAUUGUGGCCAAACUUUCGCUCAAAACUCGUCAUACCGUUCCCACAAACUGUCCAAACACUCGGACGACAGGCCUUUUGCGUGCGAUUGGGUUGACUGUAAUCAGCGAUUCAAACAAAUAUAUUAUUUAGAUUCACACAAACGUGCGGUUCAUCUGAAGGAAAGGCGAUUCAUAUGCGAUGUCGAGGGCUGUGGUAAACGGUUUUCACAACACCCGCACCUAACUUACCACAAACGCUGGCAUACGGGAGAAAAGCCAUUUGUGUGUGAUUUUGCAAAUUGUGGCAAAAGUUUUCGACAAACAUCUGAAUUAACUCAACACAAAAAUGUUCAUCAUUUGAAAAUUGAGAAAUUUAAAUGCAAUUAUAAAAAUUGUCGCAAAAAAUAUACAUGUCACUCUAGUUUAAAUUGCCAUAAACGCACUCAUGAGAUUAAAGAUUAA